ACGGACACUGGCUAGCAAAGAGUGUUUGCGAAUUUUCGAGCAUCAAGAAAAAGUGCGGAUUAUUUUUCGAAUUACAAUUUACAAUGGACUGUGUUAUUAAAAAAACCUAUGAAGUUCUGUAAUCAAAAUGUGCUCCACACAUAAUAACUGCGACUGAAUUGCGCAUUUCCAACCAUAAUAAACUGUGUAUCCUGUGACGUGGUUUCUCAUUGAUGAAACAAAAACUAUGGAUUUAAAUAAACGUUUAAAACAAUUCAUUAUUUUCUGUUGAAAAUGGUUUUGGUAUUUCUAUUAAUAUAGGAUUAUAAACUCUUAUCUGCUAAUUGAUCACAGGGAACUAUUCCCAUUAUCAGUAGUCAGUAAGGCUAACAGUGAUUAGUUUACCUUGAUUGAAUCAUUGACGCAGAUUUACUACAAGUAGUGAUUAUGGUGUCUAAUCUGAUGAUGUGUAAUUGAUAAAAAUUGCCCCAUUGUCCAAAUUCCAUUGAUGUCUGAUCACAAUGGACACGAACCGAGACACUGCUGUCGAGAAUCGACGAAUCGUGAACCAAGACAAAUCUAAAAACCGAGGAUGUUGGGACAAGUUUAAAAGUUUAUUCGAUACGCGAGGAUUCGAUUUGUCAUACGAAUAUACUGAUACGAAUUCUAUAACGAGUUAUAGACCAGUAGACGUAAAGACAGCUAAUGCUAGGAUAUCUAUAAGUAAUAGUGAGAUCAGUAGUGUAGAUGAUGUUGCGGACAAUUUCUAUGAGCAAUUUGCUACUAAUAGCGAGGAUGUGAAAAAUGACGUGGACCUGUUUAGAAAAUCAUCAGCUUUCAAACGGGUUUCAGUUAGACCUAGCCUGUAUUUGACUAAUAUCAUUGAGGAGACUUCGAGCACAGGAGACGUGGAGAUAUAUGACGAGGAGGAGAACAGGUCGCCGCCGCCCUCACACGUUCCCUCUGCCCUCCUCUACGCGCCACAGGAACCUCUAGAGUUGCUAUGCGUGUUUCCGGAGCGCGCGUCGCGCGUGUGCGCAGCCGCGUGCGCGGCCGCGACGCGCGCGGGCGGCGAAGCGCGUGUGGUGCGCAACGCGCGCGAAUCUCUCGACGCGUUGCGACGCGACGCGGACACGAGGAUACCGCACGUUGUCGUGGUUGAUGCCCGGACGCCGCAAGCCCUGGAUGCUUUGAUGCUAGCUAGGGCGAUACGAGGAACCAAGAACACUCAACAUUUAAUUCUCAUAGCAGUUGUGAAGAAAAGCGCGUACCUCAAGGAUGACUUCGCGGUGUUGCCCUUCUUAGAAGCCGGCUUCAACAGAGUAAUGGUGGAGACGUUAGGCGCAGUCGCGUGGUGCGGGGAGAUCCUGCAAGCGCGCGCGGCGGCCGCGACUGCGCGUGCGCAGAUAUCAGCGAUUGCCGCAUUAGCCGCGGUGGCUGACCGCUCUAGAGAUCUUGUGGCCGUCACUGAUGACCAGCAGAGGAUACUUCUGACCAACAAGUCAUGGUGCAGAGUGCUGGGCUGGCGCGGGGAGGAGGGCCCGCGGCCGCUGACGGAGACCGCCGGGGGCGAAGCCCUGCGGCUGGCGACAACCGGCGUGCGCGACUGGGAGGCGCCCGUCACGCUACGACGCAGAGCUGCGCCGGACCCUAUACUGCUGCCGUGCAGGGGCGCUACGGUUGCUCUUACUAGAAGCACAUCGCACAUAGUGUUCGUCUGCGAGCACACGAACGUGGUAGAGGGAGAGAGGGCUAGAGGGUCACUGCACUCCAUCCGACGAGGCUCCCUGGACGUCCGCUCCGUCGCGUCUGAUGGCCUGCGCCGGACCUCGCUGGCCAAACUACAGGGGUUGCCGCUUGAAGCCCCCAUCACCAAGGUCAUAGCUCUCCUAUCAGCAGCGACAGAGGGGGCGCCACCAUCGACUGUGGCAUGCAUAGAGCGAGCAGUCGACAUGUUGAGGACCUCAGAACUUUACUCGCCACAGAUGAAGGACGAGCCCAAGCUGCGAGUUGAAGAUCCCAUCGCCACCGACCUUAUUGGCGCUCUACUAUCUCGGGAGCAGGCCAACAUGAGCCUUAUUCAUAUGCAAGGGCCGACCAACGUGCUCUCCUCUCGGAGAAGCAGCAACGACUCCACCGUCGUCCGUUCGCAGACCAACAGGGGCAACAUCAAGCACAAGGCAUCGGGCCAAGUCCGCGAGCUGCUAGACACAGCUCUAAGCUGGGAUUUCGAGAUAUUCCGCUUAGAAGAACUCACGCGCAACCGGCCGCUCGCCCAUCUCGGACUGACCCUCAUGGGAGGCAGGUUCGACGUCUGCGCAACACUCGAAUGUGACGAAAGGACGUUGCUCCAUUGGCUGACCGCUGUAGAGACGAAUUACCAUUCCACCAAUACGUAUCAUAACUCUACGCACGCUGCUGAUGUACUUCAGGCAGUAGCAUACUUCUUAGAGAAGGACCGCCUGAAGUCACUCCUGGAGCCACUAGAAGCAGCAGCAGCUCUGAUAUCGGCUGCGGCGCACGAUAUCGACCACCCGGGCACAUCAUCCGCGUUCCUCUGCAACUCGCGGCACCCGCUCGCGAUACUGUACAAUGACGUCAGCGUGCUAGAGUCCCAUCACGCAGCGCUCACCUUCAAAAUCACUCUUAACGACGACCGCGUGAACAUAUUCAAGAAUCUCGACCGGGACACGUAUAAGUCGAUGCGGCACAACGUGAUCGACAUGAUCCUCGCCACGGAGAUGACGAAGCACUACGAGCACCUCGCGAAAUUCGUCAACGUUUUCUACGCGACGUCCGCGGGCAGUAAGGAAGAUGGCAUGCAGACUGAGGAACCAUUGUCUCUGGACACGACAGCGCUCACGCUGCCAGAGAACAUGGUGUUAGUGAAGAGGAUGAUGAUCAAGUGUGCGGACGUCUCUAACGCUUCCAGGCCGCAGAAGUUCGCCUUCGAAUGGGCUAGGAGGAUCGCAGAGGAGUAUUUCCUGCAGACGGACGAGGAGAAGGCCAAGGAGCUGCCGGUGGUGAUGCCGAUGUUCGACCGCGCCACGUGCUCCAUCCCGCGCUCGCAGCUCGGCUUCAUCGACUACAUCAUCAUCAACAUGAUGGAGGCCUGGGCCGCGUUCAUCGACAUGCCAGAGCUGGUGACGCACGCGCGCGACAACCACGCGCGGUGGAAGGAGUUGGACGAGGCCGGCAUCACCACCAUCGCCGAGGUGAUGCGAGCUCAGAGACAGACGCUGGCCAUCCAGCCGGCCGCCGCCUCCACCGCCGAGGAGUAGCUCGGAGGGUACGAUACCCUAAACAUUUCGAUAUUCCUGCUGAGGUUGACUUGAAAGAAACGUAGGCUAUUAACGAGUGGAACCCAAUUUUUGGAAACAUGUGGUUUGAGAUCCGCUUUCAUGAAACCUACAGCUUUUUAACCCACCAUGGCAAAGCUAAAUGUAGCGAAAUAGAUACAGUGUCAGGUUUAGGAAACUUUCGUUUAUUCAUAUUUGAAAAAGUUAAAGUAACUUCGAAAUUAAUCAUAGUUUCUAUCCCCUCAAGACUGAAACAUUAACAGUCGUUUGGAAACUGGUUUGACAUUUCAAACUAUGUACCUAAUGAAAUAAUUUCGUAUUUCACUGUUCUUGCACAAGAAAAGAAACUUGUAACCAAAACUUAUUUUACUACCUAUAGGUAGGUACUUUGUUCUAUUGUAUACCUAUAUUUAAUGGACAAAGUUCUUGUAGUAGAACAAAGUUAUUGUUAAAUAUGGUACUAUUUGUCACUUAGCAUUGUACGAUUACUAAGUGCUGGAUCUGCCAAAAAGAAGACGAAUCAAAAACGUUACGGGUGUAUAAAUGUGAUUUUGAAUACGGAUUUAAGUAGGAGUUCAUCAAGCAAGAAUCUAGUGCCUGUCUCUAAAAGUGUCAAAGAAAGGUAAUCUAAUGAACUGGAUAUGGUAGGUAUCAGCGGGAACAAGGGAGCCAAGCUUGAACCUUGGACGUCAACGUUAAAAGUCUGAAACGGAUCACUGGCACGCUCGAUGCCUGAAGGAUGGGUCCGAAAAUACGCUUAUUUUAUACUUAUUAUAUCCGUGUUAGCGUAGAUAUCAAAACUGGUAUCUACUUUUUUACGUACUAGCAUUUUAUUAGUAUUUAGAAUAUAUUGAAUCAAUAUUUACAUGUAUCAAUUUGGGAUUUCUAUUUAUGUAGACGACAUUAUCCCUCUCAUCUUGUGAUGGGACGUGUAGUCGUUGUGUACACACGUAGUCUUAGUUUGUUGUCUAAUAUUUUAUUAAGUACAAUCAAAUCCGUGAUAGGAGUGCCAUAUAACGUUAUUGGCAAAAUAUUAUAUCCAUUCAGUAGUCUGCUAAGAGUAACAUUAGCAUUUCUUAUGCAACUCAUGACAACAUGGUUUCUACGCACCGUUAUAAGCACAUAUUACUUAGUUUAAUUCUAAAAUAUAACCCAAAUGCAUGGUAAAUCUCUGCCAAACUUUCUACUAUUACCUAUUGGUACAUUGGUCUUGUAAAACAAUUGGUCCAUUAUAUAAUCUUGAGCUUUCAAAGAUUCCUAUUUUUAUACUAAACUUUUUGUAGUGUACCGACUCUUUCGGCCUCAUAUCAAAAUUCCAAUCUGCCUAAGACUCUAUCUAUAUUUUAGAAGUUUUAUUUUUUUUUCCUCAUUAAUGAACAGUGAUGGGUAAUCACCCAGGUUAAAACUCGGGUCUGAUUAAAAUCCUGGUUAAAACCCUAUUACCCAUUAAAACCCUCAGUUAUGAAUUGGGUGAUUAAACUUUACUGUGAACGACUAACGGUUUUAAAAUAUUUUAUACCUACUUAUAUAAUUAUAUAAUGAAUGUUGAUGUUAUUUAUUAAAUAAUAUAUUGUAUCACCUGAAUAUUUCUAAAUAUAAUUUAUAAUGUUCGAAUAAGGUGUAACGUAUUUCUAAUGAUAGGCAAUUACUACAAAACAUUCGUCUUUAUGACGCUGGUAAGCUAAGUGAACAUUACUGUGUAGUUAUUUAAUUAAUUAUAGAGAUGUUAAGAUUACGCUUCCUCGUGCUCAAUGUCGAUACAAACGGUCUAAAGUUAUAUAUUCUUCCGUAAAUGUAAUCUGUUUUAAUAUCUAAUUAUAUUAUACAUAUAAUACUGUGUAUCAAAGUUUGCUACCGCUAAUAAAUAUUAAUAUAUUGUUUAUAAAUGACGGUGUUCAAUCUCAUAGUAUGAAAUUACCAAAACGUACUUUACUACUAACACUGAUUCUAAUUAGUUAGAUAAAUUAAAAAUACUAUUAAUUUGAUAGUUAGCUCAAUUUAUUAAGAUUUGUCAUGUAUGUUGGUAAAAUUUCUGUGAAAAAAAUUUGUGAGUUUGGACAAGCCAACAUCAUUAACUAUUGAAGUGAUUUAAUCCGAAAAAUGUAGUUAAGUUCAUAAACGUUUGAAAGUUAUUUAGUAAGGUUAAGGGGGCUGGUCCCCAUAUUUAACUGUGGGUAUGACUGUAGUGAAACUGAAUUUUAUAAGCGAAGUCAUGCGUUACAUGUAACAAUUUUAAAUGAAUGCAAUUAUUAUUGCUUCCCGAAAUGGGCAUCGCUUUGAUUUUAUAAAAUAAUCCAUAUUAUUUCUUCGUAGAAAUUAAAGAUGUUUGAGGAUAUUAACCAUUUGAAUAUACCACAUAUAUUGAGAUUAAAGCGAUGUUAUAUUACGAAUAAAAUUGACUAUGCAAGUACGCAUAAGUUUUAAAUCAUUUGAUCUGAUUUAAAACACGAUUUCAUUUUAUGAGAAUAAAAUUCUCAAACAUCUUGUAGAGAAAUCGGGACAUAACACUUUUGAAAUAACACUUCAUUGGUGCGUGUAUGAAUAAAGUGAUGUUGUUAAGUGUUGUAAAUAAAGAAAUAA